UAGUAGCGUUCGGAUUGGUCACCCACGAGUCGGGUGAUCGUUUGUAAUUUUUUAGCUAUUGCGUUUGACAUAUCGAUGUUGAACAAAGUGUCGCGGCCGAUUGGCACGUUUAUUUCAUGUGAAUAAAUAUUUAAAAUAGUGAUCAGUAUAAUGGCAGACCCAGGAGGAUGGGUGCCGAAUCAAGAGAAUGAUUUUACGAAUUUCCAAUCCAAUGACAGCUUUAAUUUGAACGAAGUCACUGGCAUCGAUGAUCUUCUUACUAACUGUGAAAGUGAAUUAUUGAAAAAUGAAAAUUUAUUCAGUGACGAGACUUUACUUUCUGAAUUGGAAGAACCUAUACCAAUGGAUACGGAUACAUUUGAUUUCUUGAACCUCAACAAUACCGAUGAGUUCAAGGAUUUUAAAGAUUUCAAGGAUUCAAGUAUUCUUGAACCAUCAAAUACGAAUGUUAUGAUAACACAGCCAGUGACAGAUAAUAGUCAACCAAUCACUUGUGUACAACAAGAUAUUACAUCUGUACAAAACAGGCCACAGAGAAUAUCAGUGGCUUCAACACCUACAGUCUUUAACUCACAAUAUACUAUACCUCAAAAUGUAAGUUUUAACGUGCAGUCACCUGUUGUAACUCUGGCUCCAGUUCCCCAGCAAAGACAGCUGAUUCUACCAGCCAAAAUAAUAAAAUCAGAGUCUCUUGUAUAUUCAAGAGGCACACAGGCUGUUACGACUUCUGUACCUCAGAUACGUACUCUGGUGAAUACCGCAAAUGGGACAGUUUUAGCUACUGGGAUUCCUGUGGUGCUUGAUACUGAAAAGGUACAAAUUAACCGUAUAAACACAGGCACUCACGUGGGAGUGCCAAGGGUGAGAGAGGUGAAACGCAGCGCUCACAACGCUAUCGAGCGACGUUACAGAACAUCGAUCAACGACAAAAUUAUCGAAUUGAAAAACAUCAUAGUCGGCGUUGACGCUAAGUUAAAUAAAUCGGCAAUCUUACGGAAAACUAUCGAUUAUAUCAGAUUCCUGCAAAACGCCAAUGCAAAAUUAAAAGCUGAAAACAUGUCACUGAAAAUGGCAGCUCAACGGCAAAAUCUCCGUGAUUUACUGACGUGCGGAGAACUGACGCCUCCACGUUCAGACUCCAGCGAGCCGUCACUCUCACCCGCACCCGCGCCACUAUCACCACCUUCUCCGUCGUCCGUAAAGGACGAUCCGGAUGCGUUGCAGAAUCUACAUCCCAUGGCCGCGUCGUCCAAUGGAAGCAUGAGGGAUCACACGCGACUGACGUUGUGUGGAUUCAUGUUGCUGUUCUUAGCGUUCAAUCCUCUCGGUAUAAUCAUGAAUAAUGUUGGAAAAUUCAAUUACGAUUACCUAAAUACGAAAUUGGAUGGACGGACAAUAUUGAAUUAUCAAGAUCAAUCGGAAUCGGACAGACUAUUAUGGAGCAACGUCAUUCUCUGGUUUACCAAUUUGAUACUUCUGGCAGGUGGUCUUUGUAAAUUACUGCCGUACAGCGACCCCAUCUUACCCACGGACAGCAAGGCCUUCCUCGAAUUACGUCGUUGGAGACGUCAGGCCGAAUUUAACAUCUCUAAGCACGAAUAUAAUCAAGCGUAUCGAGACUUGCAUCAAUGCCUGCAGUACUUCGGCCGGUCUUUUCCAUUGUCACGAACAGAGAUCUGUCUAGCCACUGUAUGGCAGAUAGUGAAACAAGUGCUUCACAAGUUGUGGCUGGGUAGAUGGGUGAUGCAUAUCAACAAGUGGCUGUCGGACAAGUCCGGACGGCAACAGGUGGAGAUGUCCGCUAUGGAAAUAGCUAUCGUCUACCAAUACACGCUCUGCCUUCGUCUGUCCGAAGGAACGAGAAGCACAAAUCUGUACUUUGCCCUAUGCGCGCUCAAUUACGCGGAGGCUGCCGGCGAGAGUAUGCCAAAGCCCCUUUUAGCAGAGAUAUACGUGAAUACCGCGUUAUGUCUUAAACAAUCCUUCUUCCCGUACAUACACAAAUAUUACUUGGGUAAGGCGCGUGCUCUCUUGUCCUCGUGCACCGUACCGCCGAAAUUGAAAUGGAUCAUGAACGACGAAGGGGCAAGAUUCUUGGCGUCUCACAAAUGGCGGUAUAAGAAUCAACGACACGAGAGCGAAUUCACGUCGCAGAGCAGCAGAGCGGAUCCUGUGUCGUACGUGGCUCGCGCGUACAGGGAUCACCUGUUUGGGCAAUGCCUACGUUUACUGACCGGUACGGCCGGAGAAUGUCACGCAUCCUCCGUUCUCGAGCUAGGACAAAUUAUCAUGGCCUCUGCCGAAGUGGACGCCUGUUUCCCAAGUACCGACCAAGUUAGCGUAGCAACGUGUGAAGAUGAGGUAGGAUUAUGGUGGGGAGCAGUAAUGUGCGUUGCUGCGAGUUGGAGAUUAGGUGAAGAGAACUCCGAAGCUUGGAGCGUUGUGGAGCGUAAAUUUCCUUACAAAAGAAAUUUCCAAAUCGGCGACAGCAACAGUAGAAUCAGCCCGCUGCCGCACGCGGUACUCAACGUUUUGCAGGCGGCGAAACAUUCGUCAAAGUUAGCCUCCAUGCGUUUUAUCGACCAGGCUGGAUUAUUGCUCGAACAGUCGAUGGUGUAUUAUCACUGCAAAGAACAAUCGUCGCAGCAGAUCUUACUUAUUCAGUUAUGGGUCUGUGACUGGCUCCUAGAAUUACGCACGGCACUAUGGCAAGACUUUGAUGCGGAAUUAGACAGAUCAGUCGCGAACGUAUCACUCGCGAGUUUUCAACGUGACUUGGCAUGCUUAAGACAAUUGUGUCAACAUAUUCCAUCUGUACUGGCACGGGUAUUUUUGUACGAGGCUACAGCACGCAUUAUGGCCGGCGCGACACCAGUGAAGACCCAGAUCUUACUUGAUCGGAGUUCACAUCACCGGAAUUCGCGCUCCUCUAUCAUCUGCGGCAAGGAUCGAUCGCAGGAGCAGAGUAACGGCGAAAGGGAGCACGCAGUCGCAUUGUAUCUGACUUGUAGGUAUUUGCCGACACUGCUGUCAGUGUCGCCUGGCGAACGUGAAGGCAUGCUCGCUGAAGCCGUUAAAACGCUCGAACGCAUAGGGGACCAAAAGCGCCUUGUAGAAUGUUACAAGCUAAUGGGACAGCUAAGGUCCACUAUCGCCGUGAAUUAAUUAUCAUCCGUUAGUUUUAUACCGUUUAGUUCAGUACAGCAUUAGUUCAGCUAAAAAUAAAAAGCUUAAAUGUCGCAUUUGUGAAAAACAUAUUCGGGCUCAUCUACUAUUUCUUCUUUCAUAGCAGUAGGAAAACUAAGUUAUUUUUGUAAUUACUUCAAUAUUUCGAUAUUAUUUUCUAGAUUCUAAGUCGAAUUACAAUAUUUGUACACUCUGUAUAUUUUUAUAGCUAUAUAAUAUAUAUUAUGGUAAGUAUAGUUAGUAUAGUAAGAUAGUAU